CUUCCCCAGUGAAAUCCUCUCCAGUGGUGUCCCACCCUAGUUCUCCCUCUCCUACCAACCCUCUGGAUCGUCAUGGAGACACCAGUCAGGAGGGCACAACAGUCAGACCUCUGUCUCUUCAGGACCACUCCAGUCCAAGGCCCCAGAGACCAGUCUCAGCCACCAGAAGCAUGACUCUUCCCAGGACCAGCUCAGCCACCAGAGGGUCAGAAGAGACCCAAGGGGCCAGAGGAGAAUGGGGGGAACUGGUCAACAUGGAACUUCUUGGGUUGCCUAACAUUGGCAACACUUGCUUCCUUAACGCCACCCUGCAGUGCCUCCUGGUCCUGCCUUCCUUCUCAAAGGAAAUCCUGCACCAGGAACAACUCUGGAGCUCCUCCCCCUUCUCCAACCUGCUCAGGAGUCUGUCUGAUGUGCACCGUUCGGGUUUACCUGACAGUGUGGCAAACCAGGCCUCAAAAGCAGACCUCAUGUGGAAGGUCAAGUACUCCUUGUCGGGAUAUGAUUUGAAGUAUCUGGGGGACACGCAACAGGACGCACACGAGUUACUCAUCAAUAUGCUGUGCCAGCUGAAGGAGGAGGGCAUGAUUCUGAAGACACUCGGGAUGAACUAUACCUGCCCUGUUUCCCAGCUGGAGUUCCAGCUUGUGUCGGUGCGCACAUGUACCAGCUGUGGGCGCGAGUCGUCUACCAGAGAGGACUACAACCACCUCUCAUUGGACUUCAGCCCUGAGCGCACCUUGCUGAACAGCCUAGCACUCACUUUCAAAAGUGAACAGGUUGAAUUCACAUGUGAGGGCUGUAAAGGCCUCCACGCCUCAAAGGUGGAGCAGUUCCACACACUGCCUCUUGUGCUGGUUCUGCAUCUGAAGAGGUUUGGAGGACCUGGGGGGUUGGAGAAGCUGGAGGCUCCUCUUUGUUUCCUUCGGAGCUGA